AAAGCUUGCAUUUAGUAUUUCAUGAUGAACAUAACUCCACUGCAAAUUUUUCAUGCUAGUGGUAAUCACAUAUUCAAUAAUUGUGGCGUUUCACAUCCAAUUUCAUGUCAUUCAGUGUACGGAGGCAUCUAUUUAUAUCAAAUGUGCCUGAGGAAUCGUCAGAAGCGUUCUUCAAUAACACAAUCAUCAUCAGAGUCCUCGCCCACUCUGCAAGAAAACACAUCGAUUUCGAAUCAAAUACUGACCAAGGCGAAGUCUGGAAAUAAUACCAAUUAUACAACUGAGACGAACGUACCAUUCAUAUCCCUGCCUACACCUCCAUUAGCGGCUUUGUCAUCAACGCCAUCACAUCGAAAAUCACCAUCAUCAUUAGCAUCGUCAUCAUUAUCAGCGUCUACCCAUGAAUCAUCGGUGUCGUCUUCCUCGGGGUCCUCUUUGGUGCUGCAGCGCAAUCGCAGCGCUCAUACUAUUCAAAGUUUAAAUAUAACUAGCCCCCGCUCUUCCUCGUAUUGGGAAGAAGAAGGCACAUUUAGCCCCUGGAAGGUUCUUGCCCUUCGAGUGUCAAACCUCUCAUCUCGCAGCCACUUACCUAUGUUUGAUGAUACCGCUCCGCCAAAUUAUAUUCAAUGGCUCUGUCGAAAGUUUGAAGGUGAUAUUUGAGUGUUGUCCUUUUGUUCGUUGUGUACGUGAUACGGGGUGAAGAGGUAGUUUAGUGUCGAGUUUAAUGUGAUGUCCAUUGUAUUAGAUUGUGUUUUCAGGUGAAUAGCAUGAAACUGGUUGAUAGGAUAUAGAUGGCGUCGUUUAUCGUCUGUCGAGAUACAUUACUAAAGAUGAAAAUUAUCAGAUUAUUUCUUCGAAGAAAUAAUUUAAACGUAAGGUCCCACUUUUUUUUGGAUAAGUGGCAUAUGUACAUAGAAUAACGUCUACAUAUUUAGGGCAGGUCGAAGUAAUAUUAAAUUAUCAUUUAAAUCUGUUCGACCUAC